AUGCCUGUGAAGGAUGCUGUUUCCUGGACGUCCAUGAUAGAUGAGUAUUCAAGUAAUAAUCGAUGCGUUGAUGCGAUGAAGCUUUUCAAGUAUAUGCUGUCUUCCGAUGUUGAGCCGAAUGAGGUAACAAUGAUUGCAAUUCUUUCCGCUUGCUCUCAAAAUGGGGAUUUAGAAAUGGGUAAGAAUGUUCAUGAAUGCAUUAGGAGCAAAAGCAUCAACUUUACGCUGAAUUUGAUGAAUGCGAUUCUGGAUAUGUACAUAAAAUGUGGUUGCUUGGGUGCUGCCGAGGAGAUUUUUGACAAAAUGGAAGUUAGGGAUGUGUUCUCUUGGACUAGCAUGGUUAAUGGAUAUGCCAAAGCUGGUGAGCUAGACUUGGCGAGAAAGUUGUUUGAUGACAUGCCUGACAGGAAUACAGUUUCUUGGAAUGCUUUGAUUGCCGGGUACUCCCAGAAGGAUCGACCAAAGGAGGCUAUAGAAUUGUUUCACCGCAUGAUAGAAGCUGGGUUAGCUCCAAUGGAGGACACAUUGGUUUGUGUCCUAUCUGCCUGUGGCCAGCUAGGUUCUGUGGAAUUGGGUCAGUGGAUUUAUCUCCACUACAUUGACAACCAACAAAUUAAGAACACUCUGAUCAUAUCAAAUGCAUUUAUUGACAUGUAUGCUAAAUGCGGGCUAAUAGAUUCCGCUGCAAACAUUUUCCACAAUAUGCCUAAAAGAGACUUGGUUUCUUGGAAUUCAAUAAUUGCAGCAUAUGCUGCUCAUGGAAACCCCAACCAAGCUCUCAGUAUCUUCCACCAAAUGCUACUCACCAAUUUCAAGCCUGACAGGAUUACUUUUGUUGGCGUCUUAUCAGCCUGCAGUCAUGGCGGAUUAGUGGCAGAGGGCCACAAGUAUUUCCACAACAUGAAGAAUGAUUUUGGCAUUGAGCCAACGAGGGAACACUAUGCUUGUAUGGUUGAUUUGCUUGGCAGGGUCGGGCAACUAGAAGAUGCAUUCAAGAUGAUCAGUGGGAUGCCAAUGGAACCAAGCCAAGCUGCUUGGGGAGCCCUCCUGAAUGCUUCCAGGAUGCAUGGGAAUGUUGAACUCGCGAAGCUUGCUGCCAAUAAGCUUUUGGAGCUUGAUCCUGAAGAUAGCGGCACAUAUGUUCUGUUGGCUACUGUUUGUGCCGGGAAUAAGAGAUGGGGUGACGUGAGGAUGGUAAGAAGCAUGAUGAGGGAGAAGGGUGUUAAGAAAACUCCUGGUCGAAGCUUGGUAGAUGUUGAGGGUAAGUUUCAUGAAUUCUUGGCUGGGGACGUUUCUCAUUUACAGUUUGAUAGAAUUUGUAAAGCUUUGAAGGGCAUAUUUUUGCUAUCGGAAAUGGACGAGGCUGAAUAUUAUGCAUUGGUAGUAGCUUCUGACUAUUGA